CAUGAGCUUCCUGUUACCCAAGCUGAGUAGCAAAAAAGAAGUGGACCAGGCGAUAAAAAGUACUGCAGAGAAGGUGCUGGUUCUCAGGUUCGGGAGAGACGAGGAUCCUGUCUGUCUGCAACUAGAUGAUAUUCUUUCUAAGACCUCUUCUGACUUAAGUAAAAUGGCUGCUAUAUAUCUGGUAGACGUGGACCAAACCCCAGUUUAUACACACUAUUUUGACAUCAGUUAUAUUCCAUCUACUGUGUUUUUCUUCAAUGGGCAGCAUAUGAAAGUGGAUUAUGGGUCUCCAGAUCACACUAAGUUCGUGGGAAGUUUCAAAACCAAACAAGACUUCAUAGAUUUGAUUGAAGUAAUUUAUCGAGGCGCAAUGAGGGGAAAACUUAUUGUUCAAAGUCCUAUUGAUCCCAAGAAUAUUCCCAAAUAUGACCUCCUCUAUCAAGACAUUUAGCACUUUCACUACUGUCAAAGUUGAAGAGACAGGCCCAUCGUGAAACAGUGCCUGGCGCCAGCUGUGCUGUUUUUCUGGGGUCUUUCGGAAAUGUGGUCAGCAUCCCGGCGGAGAAGAGGUUUGACGUGUACAGAAAAUACCGGCCCCCAAGUAAAAGACCACACUGGUGCUGUGACAAUUGGGAAUGCCCAAGUGUCUACUCCCUGCAGACCUCAGAGCAGUCAAGUCAGCCGUGGUCAAUUUCCCCAGUGUGGUUAUUUUAAUUUCUCUUUAUAUUAUAGUUUUCUUUAUUCUUUAAGAUAAUACAGAAUCCUUCUAAACCUUGGCUAGUACAAUUUGAUUUAACUAUGUUUAUUUGAUACACAAGUAAAAUAGAAAGUCAAUUCCCAUAAGAGCAAAAAUACUUCUUUUCUACCCUAUGUGUACACACCCACCCCUUCCAUCUUCCUCAGCCUCGCCACUCCUCCACUCGUGUACUUAUCUCGUGCUCACCUAUUAUUCCAGUUCUUUUGGAAUAAAUCAUUCUUUACUGAGAGCAGGCAAGUUUGUUUUAUCUUCGAGCCUUUCUGGCUCAGACUUUUAAAGGUAUCCUGGCUUGCUCAUUUUAUCAGCUUUUCUAUUAUUAAGUUGCCCAAGAAGUGAAAACUUGAACCUUUACCAUCCAGCACCCAAUUUGAGCUAAACAAAGAAUUAACUACCCUUAGUAAGUAAGAGCUGAUCUCUCCCAGAGCUCCAUCUCUUUCUGAGGAGAAAACUGUACUUCAAGGACUCAAGACUGGAAAGAGAUCUCAGAAUUGCUAGAAAGAAGUAUCAUGUUUAUAGGACUUGCCUGUGUUAAUAACUUUAUGAAGAACUCUCCCAGGGUCCUCUGGCACAGUCUGCCACCACUUGGGCAAGUUCCUGCUCCUCUCAAAACCUCGGGGGGCUAAGGGUACUGACUUUCUAGAAUAAGAGAAUAGAUGCAGAGCCAGAGGGCAGUGUGCCAGGCAGCACGUUACCUGCUUGGCAGCUUUUUGCCACCUUGAUGACAGAAACCCAGUUCUGUGCAGGGCAGCACUGUCACUGCAAGUCUGUCCCCCUUUGCCAGGUGCUUCCUGCCCAAGCCUUCUCUGACAAAUGUGGCAUCGAAGGAAGGCUGCUGGGCACCUUUGUGGCCUUCAUUGAUAAAGGAGAGA